AUGCAACAGUAAAUCUAAUUCUCUUUAAAAAUCUCUAGAUUACCAGAAUAUAUUUAGCGAUUCAUCGAGAUUAAUGUGUUUGAUAAUUUGAACAAUGAUCCUACAAAAGCUCUUCAGUAUUUAAAGCACUCAUUAACUAUAAUGAACGAAUUAUCAAAAGCAAAGUUAAAUUCUUUUAAAGUUGCACAGUGGCCCCUAUAAUUUUUAAAGCUGCCGAUUCAAGAUUUAAAGAUAAUAACAAAAGCCCUUAAACUAGUUAAAUUAGUCACAGAAUACUAAGAUUUGUAGAUCUUACUAUAAUAAGCUGAGGUAGUCAAUGAAAUGUUUGUUUAAGUAUUGCAAACAGAUUCUAGCACAGUUCUAUCUAAUCUGUAAAAUGUAAAGUUAUUAAGAAAUCUAUGCUCUUUCACUUUCAAGCUACUGAAUAUAGUUCCCCUAGACAAACAUAACUUUGGACUAUUUUGCAAUUUCAUCAAUUACUUCUCUUAGAUUGGAUUUAACUCCUAGUUAUGUGUUGAUUUAAACACUAUCUAUUAAAAUGUACAGUAUAAUUUUGAGGACUCAAUUGUAUUAAAAGCAGAGGAUAUUCUAGGAUUUGGAAUUAGUUUCAUUAGAGGAUUACUAGAUAACCCAUCUAUUUGGGUAAGCGAUCUUCUUUUUUCUGAUAGAGAUCCGGAAAUAACUGGAUAAGCUGAGGAGUAUCUAGAGAAGCAGUUCUUCACUCCACAAACUCUCAAUCACAUUAUGAGAGCUUUAAUUUUAAACUACCUAAAACUAACUAAUGAAGAACUUGAUCUAUGGAAAGAUGACUCAUUGAAGUUUUUCUUGCAUAUGAAGUAUCUUAGUAAUGAAGUGAAAGGCAAUUUACUCAGAGAAAAGGCUAAGAACCUCCUGGCUGGUAUUUAGCUGAGAUUUGGAGAACAAUUAGAUUUAUUCUGCUAGGAACUAGUUUAGUAAUACAAGUCUUUAGCUGGUAUUUCAAAUGCUGAGACUUUCAUUAAAAAAGAGGCUAUGCUUUAAGUACUUGAGAUCAGAUUGAAUGAUGAUACAAAUAUCGACUCAUUAUUAAUACUACAAAUUAUUGGAGAAGAAUUAAAAACUAGAGAUAAUCUGAUAAUGAUUCAGCAGACUUAUACCAAGAACAUUGAGAUUCUGAAUGAGAUACUAGAGUUAUACAGAUUUAUAGUUGAGAAAUAUGCAUCACAUGCUUCUUAACAACAGCAUAUAGUUUAGAUAGUUCAAUUCCUCAAACAAAUAUGGGAUUUUUUCACUGAAAAGCAAGGGUAAUUGAAGUAAAAAGAAGAUAAAAAUCAAGAGGAAGAGAAAGAAGAGGAUGAAAUCAAUUUAGCACUUCAAAGUAUUAAAUUACCAAUAGUAGAGUAAGACCCAAUGAUCACAUAAGGAAUUUAUGAUGUAGGGUUAGCUUAAGUAUUUUACUCCAUUUAAACUUAAAAUGCUGUCUUAGGAGAGUUUACUAUCACUCUACUACUAGUUCUUUUGAGAAGAUUAAACAAUCUAGACAUUAAGAGAGACGUGUAGGAGUAGAUCAAGACAUUAAAGACAACGAUUUUACAGACAUAUUAAACUCAAAUUAAUGAGAUCCUAAUGAAUAUCCCCAUUCAAGCGGAAUAUGAUGAAGAAGCUUUCAAAUACUUCAUUCUAAUGGAAGAAAUUUUACUUUCCUUAAACUCUGUUGGAUAGCUUGACCCUUCAAAUCCUUCUUUCUAGGGUUUCCUUUAAUAAUUCUGUUAGAGAGUUAUUGGAAGUUUUAUCGAGAAGGUAGAUACAUUUACUGUAAUUUAGCAUGUGAUGGGCACAAUAAGGCUUCUAAUGCUAAUUUUAAGGAACUAUCCUUAACCAGACCUAAAUAAAUCUUUGGCUGAUUUUUUGAAAAACUCCAUAUAGUCAAAAUUCUUAUCUAAUCCAGACUAGGUUGAAGCAGAGGAGAAGACUUAGUGGGUGAGUGUGAGUGCUGGAGUAGUAUCUACGCUUAUUCUCAUCUAAGAUUAAUUCAAUGCUCGAAAUGUUACUGAAUUUUUAAUUUCAAACGAUACCUUUAGAAAUCUGCUAAUCAAUUAAGUUAGUACAACUGAGGAAACUUCAGUAAUCCUAUUUGCCACAUACUCACUGAAUAUCAUUCCAAAAGAAUUUCUAAAUCAAGAAAUUUAUGAGAAUGUGCUUAAUAUCUACAAGAAUCAUGUUGAGAGUGAGAUCGAAAACUAGCUAAAUUAUGAUUUUAGAUUGAACAGAGACUUGAUGGAGAUUAAUGACACUGAGGAAGAAGGAAUGCUGUUUGAAAUACCAGACAAGUCAUUAAUUGAGUCAGAUGCUAAGGAGCAUGUACUUAAAUCUCUGAAAGAUCGUGAACUUGAGGUAAUCAGAGCUGUUAGCAACCUGUGA